UGCCAGCAAAAGAACAAACAAAACUUUACGCUACUCAUCACACAUCAAGUUUGUAUUUAGGGCAAACCUUGGAGCGUUUCCGCCCAAGGACAGUGUAACGCACUCAAUAACCAGCUAAACAGAUUCGUUCAGCGUUUCCUGUAGAAUCUUCAAUGUCAGCUUCCAUCCAAUUGGACGAAGAGAUUGAAGGAGACCAAAUUGGCUCCAAAAAUUAUCGUUUUUCCAAAAUCGGAACACCGGUCCCUAUAAAAUCCGGCGAAGAUUCUUCGUUUGAUCUCGAAAAUGAAUGUCCUCUGCAACCUUUAGUUGUCUCUGAACGCUUUCGCCUUCUCUUCGCUGCUCACUCCAAUGGGUUUUGUGUUGCGAGAACAAAGGAGGUUAUGUCAUCUGCGGAGGAGAUUAAAGAGAAAGGUAGUGGUCCAUCUAUACAGGAAUUGAGCGUUGUGGAUGUUACUAUUGGAAAAGUCUCGCUACUUGCAUUGUCUGGUGAUGACUCCUUGCUUGCCGCUUGUGUUGGCAAUACAAUCCAUUUCUUCCCUGUUAGAGCCCUUCUUUACAAGGACCAAACACCAGCCUUUUCUCAUUCUCUCAACGAUUCAAGUAUCAUCAAGGAUAUGCAAUGGGCUAAAAAGGCAGAAAAGGUUUAUGUUGUUCUCUCAAGUGAUGGGAAGUUGUAUAGCGGGAUUGGUCAAAGUCCCAUUAAAGAAGUUAUGGACGAUGCUGAUGCUGUUGGGUGGAGUCCGGAUGGUGAGUUUAUUGCCAUAACAAGGAAGAAUUUGGUUAACAUUCUAUCAUCAAAGUUUGAAGAAAAGUUCAACAUAUCACUAUCAUUUAAGUCGCUGCUUGAUGAUUCUAAUGUCAAAUACAUCAUCAAAGUGGAUGCUGUCAGAUGGAUUCGUCCUGAUUGUAUUAUAAUUGGAUGUCUUCAAGUUAAUGAUGACGAUGAGGAGGAGGAAAAUUAUGUGGUGCAAGUCAUCACAAGUGAGAACGGAACAAUAACUAACCCUUCAGCUAAGCCAGUUGUAAGGUCCUUCAUGGAUGUAUUUCUUGACUUCCGUUAUGAUGCAGUUCCUUCAUUUAGUGGACCUCAUCUCUUCUCGAGCUAUUUGGAUCAACAUCAGCUGGCAUUUGUUGCUAAUAGGAGGAAUUUGGAUCAGCACAUUUUGCUGUUUGGAUGGUCAGUUGGUGAUGCUAAGAAUGAAGCUGCAAUUAUUGAAAUUUUGAAUGAUAAUUGGUCUCCAAAGAUUGAGGCUCAAGACAGUGGUGAUGAUAUCUUGAUAUUGGGACUUGCUGUCGACAAAGUUUCCCAAAAUGGGGAAAUUAAACUAUUGCUUGGUGAAGAAGAAAAAGAAGUUUCACCAUGUUGCCUUCUCCUUUGUCUUACCAAUGAUGGAAGGCUUUCCAUUUUCCAUUUUGCUAGUGCUACUGCUGCUUCAGUGUCACCCCAGUCUACUGAUUUUGAAGAGAAAAAUGAUACUUCUAUAGUGGCAUCAUCACAAGAUGUGCUAGUUGAAUCUUCUAGUGCUAGGAAGCAAAUCAACCAAGUAGAUUCAGGGCUGCAACCCCAUGAAAUAGACACAGGUCACAAAAUUCUUUCAGCGAGUGCUCAAUCAUCUGCAACCGAGAAAUUUAGCUCAGAAGAAGCGAUUAAAACCACAAAUCAGAACCAAGGUGCAAAUUUGGAGCAGUCCGCAUCCAAAACAUCUGUGCCUGUGGAUGCUGGACGUGUGAAUAAUUUUAGGACACAAGAAACUCAAAAAGUUGCUGAAGUUACACCUGGUGCAAUUUCUUUCUCAGGAAAUUCCUUAGGUAAUUUUUUCAUCCCUUCAAUUGGGCCAAGUACUGGAACUGGCAGUGUCAUGGAGUUACCUGUAAAGAUGACGUUAACAGGAUUUUCUACUACUUCAUCACACUCAAGCAAACUUCACAUUUCUUCAAAAAGUGAUGAAACACCCUCAUCUACACCAUUUAGUGGCGAUCCAAGAAGAACUUUUGAUUCUUCUGAUAGAAGUUCUACCGCAAAUGAGACAACUGGAACUUCAGUAUCAAUCGGUUCUUUCAAGCAAAGAGCCAUGGAGGGAGCAGGGAGUAUUGAAUCAUUACCUGCUUUUCCCCGCGCAAGGUUGCAAUCACAGAAAGGUUUUCCGUCGGAGCCUUCGAAGCCUCACUUCACCAGGGAGACUUAUGAGGCAAUUCCAUCAAAGCAAUUCCACGAUGUUGAAGAGAUGGCCAGGAAAUUGCAUAGUCUUCUAGAAGGUAUAGAAGGUGAAGGUGGGUUUAGAGAUGCUUCCAUCAGUGCUCACAGGAGUUCUGUUUUGGCAUUGGAGGAAGGUAUAGAGAGUGUUUCAGAGAAAUGCAGGAUAUGGAGAGCAGUAAUGGAUGAGCAACUAGUGGAAGUCCAGCUUCUCCUUGAUAAGACAGUACAAGUUUUAGCGAGGAAAAUAUACAUGGAAGGAAUAUUUAAGCAAGCUACUGAUGAACGGUAUUGGGAUCUCUGGAAUCGCCAGAAAUUAUCUUCUGAACUGGAGUUAAAGAGGCAUCAUGUAAACGAAGUUAAUAAGAGCUUAACCAGCCAGCUGAUUGAAUUGGAGAGACAUUUUAACACUCUCGAGUUGAAUAAGUUUGGUGACGCUGACGAGAUACAAACAAGUAAAAGAGGCUUCCAGAGCAGGCCUGGACAACCCAGGAAUUUCAAGUCGUUGCACAAUUUACGUAAUACAAUGACUACACAGCUAGCAGUAGCAGAGCAGCUUUCUGAAAGUCUCUCGAAACUGAUGAAUGAUUUGAGCAUAGAUUCUCCUGCAAAAGGUCAGAAUGUUAGGAAGGAAUUGUUUGAAACAAUAGGUCUAUCCUAUGAUGGUGCCUCUUACAAGUCUCCAGUUAGGGAAAAGGCUGUAAAUACACCUUUCAACAAGGAAUUAUCGGUCUCUCUUGCUGCUAAAGAACGAUCUAGGAGAAAGCAGACAAGUCCUGUGAAGAGCUCUGAACCAGAGACAGCAAGGAGACGCCGUGAUUCACUUGAUCGGAAUUGGGCUAGCUUUGAACCUCCCAAAACAACUGUGAAAAGGAUUGUCCUUCAAGAAGAUCGCCAGAAGGGAACUGCAAGUAGGCCAUCUUUGUCACUGGAUAAGAAACAUCACCAGUCUAAGACGCGAGAGAGAUCAGUGACUGCUCAAUCGAAUAUCAUUAAUGUCUCUUCCACCUUUUCACAGCAAGUUAGAAGCAAAGGUCUUCAUGAUAUACCAGCAAAACAGUCCACUGAAAAUCCUUUUUUCCAAUGGGCAGAUGGACCUCCAAGUCAUGCAGCUGAAAUGCCACCAAUGAGUUCUCCAGUAUCUUUACUGCAGCAUGAAUUACAGUUGACUGAAAGUCAAUAUAGUUUAGAUACUCCCAAUCUUGCUACGACAAGAUCAGGUCUUCAUGAUAUACCAGCAAAACAGUCCACUGAAAAUCCUUUUUUCCAAUGGGCAGAUGGACCUCCAAGUCAUGCAGCUGAAAUGCCACCAAUGAGUUCUCCAGUAUCUUUACUGCAGCAUGAAUUACAGUUGACUGAAAGUCAAUAUAGUUUAGAUACUCCCAAUCUUGCUACGACAAGAUCAGGUAGAAGCAUAAUACCACUUAAAGAUAUUGUGCAAACAGGUGGACCGAAAGCCAUUCAGCAAUCAGGGAACAGAAUGCAGCUGCCAAACUCGUCAAGUCUUCCUGCACAGGCAUUGACCCCAAUCAAGUUUACAAUUGAGACUUCAAAUGUUGAUGGUAAACCUGGAAUCACCCAACCUGCCAGAGAUUGGAAGAAUGCAUCAGUGACAAGUGGAAGCACACAGUUUGAAUCUAACAGUAGUCCUAUCUAUUCCUUACCAACUGCUUCUGCUGCUAAUUCUGCCUUCACUCUGUCUGCGAAGGUCAUACACUCAGAAGUGGUAAAUAAAAGUCAGGGUAAUGAGAUUUCAUUUUCUUCCCAAGCAUCAACACAGAGUUCCUCGUUGCAAUCAAAAAUCAUGCCGUCAGCAUCUUCAUCUUCUUCACAAGGGCCAAUGUUGUCAACAAUAUCAUCUACGUGGACAUCGUUUGAAUCCAUUUCUAAAGCCAGUAUGGGUUCUAAUCUAAAGGAUUCUCAAUCUCAAUCAUCAAUUGCUUCUCUGACGCAGUCUUCAUCUCUUCCAAGCACCCUAAAGUUGGAUUCCCUACCCAUCACGCAUUCCUCAGAUAGGACAAGGUCUGAGUCCCCGACAAUCCUGUCUCAGCCUUCGGUUUCCAUACUUGAUAAAAAGGCUGAUACAAAUUCUGACAGACCUGCUUCACUUGCGAAUCUAAGUACGAAGAUAGAUACACUGCAAGAUUCAGCUUCACAGCCUGUGGUAUCUAUCAGUUUGUCUAAUUUACAAGCUGAACCUUUAGUCCAAUCAAAUUCCACAAAUAAACAGUCAGUCAGUUUGCCAUCUGCAAAUCAGGUCAAUCCUCGUGAGGCAUCAAGUCAAGUCUCAAAUGUGGGUUUGAAUACUAUACCUGGACAGCCAUUUUCUGCUUCUGCCAUUCCACCAUCAGGGGCUGAUAGUGCAAUUAAUGUGAAGAGUGGUUAUUCAGAUGUUGUCACCCAUGAGGAUGAGAUGGAAGAGGAAGUUCCUGAGAAUAGUCAGAUGUCUGUGAAUGCUCUGGGUAACAUGGCUGGGUUUGGUAUUGGAACUGCUGCUACUCCAGUUUCUACAAAACCUAAUCCAUUUGGUGCAGUGUCACCGAAUAAAACUUCAUCUCCAGCAAACUCCUUAUUUACAAGUACAGCUUCCGGCGGUCAGUUGUUUCGACCAGCAUCAUUUAGUUUUCAACCUAUACAGCCACCCCAACCACCAUCACCUGCAAAUUUUGGUGCCUUUCCUGGUAGCUUCAGCCUCACUUCCACGAGUCAGGCUCCAGCUGUGAGUGGGUUUGGCCAGCCGGCUCAGGUUGGACAAGGGCAGCAUGCUUUAGGCUCAGUUCUUGGUACUUUUGGACAAUCAAGGCAGCUUGGUGCUGGGAUACCUGGAACUGGUGUGGGAUCUGCAAACUCUUUUGGGAGAGGUUUUAUGAGCAAUAGCUCUGCUGGUGGUUUCGGAGGUGGAUUUUCUGGAGUUUCUUCUAUUGGUGGAGGGUUUUCCAGUCUGGGUUCUGGUGGUGUUGGAUUUGGUGCUUCUGCUGCAACCAGUGGUGGAUUUGCUGCCGCUGCCACAUCUGCUGGUGGAUUUGCAGCCGCUGCCACAUCUGCUGGUGGAUUUGGAGCUGCUGCCACAUCUUCUGGUGGAUUUGGAGCUUCUGCCACAGCCGGUGGUGGAUUUGCUGCUCCAACUGCUGUUGGGUCAGGCUUUUCAGGUGGUGGUUUUGGAGCUUUUAGCAGCCAACAAAGUGGUGGCAGUGGCUUCCCUGCAUUUGGUGGGAGUUCAGCUACUGCAAGACCACCUUCUGAACUCUUCACGCAAAUGAGAAAGUAGUUCCAUGCACAGAAAUUUUGAAAAGAAAGAAUUAGGAAAGAAACAUAGGGGUAAAUGGAUGAUGUGAUAAAUGUUUUACUUGUAGAUUGUCGUAUUCUGGUUCAGUUCACUCUUGUGUUAUGGAGUUAGUUAAACUCGUGUUACUAUUAAUUGUGGAUGAUGAGGCCUAGCAAUGGGACUGGCUCAAUAGUGUUUCCUCUUUGCAUCUUUGUUGUGUAUUCCAUGUUACUUUUGCACUAGGCGAGUUGGAGCAACUGAACUUAUCCUACUGCUUUAUCCAUGUCUACACUUCUCUCUA